UCUCUCUCUCACUCACUCACUUCCCUCACACUUUUCACUCUGCUACCCAAGAUGGCGGCAGCCCCAUCCAUCCAGCCGCCGAGCGUUCACUCUUCUCUAGCCGGGGAGAGCGCACUUUCUCCGGAGAUGGAUAGCCCUGAGAGCCGGCAGCCGGAGGAUGAGGAGGCAGCGGCGGCGGCGGCGGCGGGGGGAGCGGCAGCAGCAGCGGCGGCGGCGGCGGCAGCAGCAGCAGCAGCGGCGGGGGGAGCUCAGCCCGCAGACUCGGGGAUUAGUGUCCGGGACCUGCCGGACCUGGAGCCGGAGGAGAUCGAGAAGCGGCUCGCCAAAACUCGUCAGGAGCUGAGCAACAGGAGGAAAAUCCUGAUGAAGAACCUGCCGCCUGACACCACUAACCAGGAAGUCCAUGAAAUCCUGAAAGAAUAUGAACUCAAGUACUGCUUUGUGGACCGGAACAAAGGCACAGCCUUUGUGACUUUGCUGAACGGGGACCAGGCUCAGGAUGCCAUCCGCUCCCUCCAUCACAGCACUGUCCGCGGACGCCUGAUCAACGUCACCCUGCAGCCCACCGACUCCCUGCUCUGCCUCACCAACCUGCCCCACACCUACACCGCCCAGCAGUUCGAGGAGCUGGUGCGCGCCUACGGAAACAUCGAGCGCUCCUUCCUGGUGUACAGCGAGCUGACGGGACACUCCAAAGGAUAUGGGUUUGUCGAGUACAUGAAGAAGGACUCUGCUUCACGGGCCCGCUCUGAGCUGCUGGGACGACCAAUGGGCGAUCGCUCGUUGAUGGUGCAGUGGAUGGACGUCAACCAGCUGAGCCAAGAGGAGAACCUUCACUCCAAGUGUCUGUGUGUGAACCGGCUGCCGCUCGACCUCUGUGACUCUGAGGAACUGGCCCAGUACUUCUCUGAGACCUACAAACCCGUCUUCUGCCAGCUUGCUCAGGACGAGGGCAGCCCGGUCCGAGGCUUUGGCGUCGUGGAGUAUGAGAGUUCGGAACAGGCGGAGGCUGUGCUGAUGGAAAUGGACAGAACACUGGUGGGAGGACAGGAGGUUCGUCUGUCACUCUGCAGCCCCGGGACCUCAGGGAGAAGCACCCUGGCUGCACUCAUCGCUGCCCAGGGUAUGAUUCUGAGUAACAGGAAAGGCCUGCUUCCAGAACCCAACCUAGCCCAGCUGCUGACCAGUAUGACCAACCCUGCCGCCCUGCAGAUCCUCAUGAGACCGUACCACACUGGGAAAAGAGGAGGGAAGUACGGGCGUCACAGCAGCCUGCCGUUCCUCAGACCUCCUCUCACCACAGCUCUGCUCACGCUUGGAAAAGCACACCAGAACGCUAUGCUCGGUAAUGGACUUGUCCUCCAGAACCUCCUGCACAUGCAGCUUGCACAGCAGCAGCUUCUGCACAUCAAAGACAAACGCAUCAGCAGCGUCUCCAGUCUGCUCGGGGACCCGUCCAGGCUGCUGAUGCAGAAAGCUCUGUCUCUGCGUCCUCCGGGCCUCGUGCAGCUGGGGAAAGGUCUCCUGGGAGACUCGCCUACAGAGUUGGUACCGGAGUCGGUGCAAACGUCUACCAACAACGCCACGGUCGUUGUCUCAGCAGCAGGUGUGAUGCCGUACCUCCACGGUCGCGUGGGCGGAGUCGAUCAAAACAGCGGCCAUUUAAUCCCCGCAACAUCUUCUGCCACCUCCUCCUCCUCUUCUUCUUCCUCUUGCAUCACCACCUGUGACAGGCAGCCAGCUCCUCCUGGGACACUCGUGGGCUCCCAUCUGCAGGGACAAAGCUACUCCUUGGGCAUAAGUAACUCAGGCCUGGGCCCGCCUCCGCCCAUCCCCGCUAGAGGAGUGUACACAUCGACGGGGCAGCACAACGGCUCAGAUGGAUGCCACCUGGCUAGCAUGGUGGGCAGUGGUCAGAGCUCCUUGUUGGGCGAUCCUCCAAAAGAAGUCAGACUGCCCUCCAACCCUUACCUGAACCUCGCCAGUGUGAUGCCAGGAGUCGUUUUGCAAGGUUCAGUGGGGAAUAAAGCACAGGGUGGACAGCCCGGCUCAGGAAUGUACGGCAGCCCGGUUGCUCCCGUCGUCUCCCAAAGCUCUGGCUCCUACCCCCACAGCGGUACAGCAACAACCACAGCUCCUUAUACCACUGAUACCUCCACUGACUACAGCCAAUACAACCAGGCCUACACACAGGAGGCCAUGCAGCAGUGGUACCAGCACUAUCAAGCAGCACAAGCUCACACAUACAGCAAUGCUGCUUCACAGGACAGCACGGCCACAGACUACACCAAGGAGCACACUCAGGCUCCACCAGUCACAACCUACGGGGAUUACAGUUCCUACAUGCAGGCGGUCACUCAGUACUACUCACAACCUGCAGCAGUGAACCAAGCCUACGCCACCAAGGAGGUGGAUGUGUGUAAGCCUCUAGGAGUGUCUCUGCACGCGGUCAGUAACGGUGCCGCCCCUCCGCCGGCCGUCCUUCCAGCUGCUGCCGUGCUCCCGGCUUACAGCACCCUGCCUUUAAUGCCCGGCUUCCUCGGACCGCCGCACCCGGCCGGAGCCGCACCGAACCCAGUCACGCACCCACACACUGCCGCUACCGACUGGAACACUUACUACUACAACCAGACGAGGGGCCAUAAGAGAGAGUACCCUCAGCUGGCAGUGCAGGAAGUGACAUCAUCAGACGGUGCCUACAUCGGGCAGCACUCCCAGGGCCUGGGAGGCCAGUACGCCGACUACUUCAAGAGGAAGAGGCUCUAGUACCAACCAAACCUACUUUAAAGCUUAACACUUAUAGAGGGGAGCGUCUGCUGGAUGUCACAGCUCCCUCUAGUGGCCUUUCUGAGGUGGCCAAUUUUUGCAUCCCUACAGUAGGUAAUGAGUUUAUUAGAAGUGGGGAAUGCAAAUGGCUCAAGUGAAAGUAAGCCAUAGUGCUCUUUGAUUCUGGCACUUAUUUACACACACACACACUGACGCACACACACACACACACACACACACACACACACACACACAAACACGGUGUUGCUUUUGUCCUGUUCAAGCCUUAAACUCUUUAAACUUAAACUGUUGUUUCUCAGUGUGUCGACUGUACUUAACCUAAAUGAUCUUGUACAUGUUUUAUAUCACAAUGUAAACUUCAAUAUACUGCAUCUGUGCGUAUAAGCUGCUUUUGUAUUUGCAGUCAGGCGACCUGUGUGUCCGCCUGCUCAGCCUGUCUAUAGGACCUGUCUUACUCAGGUCUGUCUCCUUUGGAAAAAAGACAAAAUGUGUCUUUUGUUGUUGCUUUUAUUAGUCAGUCCAAACUGAAAUCUGUUUGUUCCCGCUUCAGUGUCUUCUCUCUCUUUUCCUUUUAUUGCCCCAGGUUCCUCUUUUGUACCUCCCCCGCAGAGAAUUAAGAGUGCGUGUGUGUUAGCGUGUGUUUUAAUGCGUGUUUAUUUGCUUUCUUUUUUUUCACUGUAGGAAGUGUCAGCCAUUUCACUCCCAUUGGUUUGGGAGCACAUCAGGAAAAACAAAAAAAAAAAAAAAAGGGCCUGAACCAAUCAAAGCCCUUUAUUGUGGUGACUAACAAUAGCUUCCCUUAACGAAUGGACCUUUGUGAAGGAGGAAAAAUCAAAGGCUGCUGUAAAUACAGUGUGUGUAAUACAGAAUAUAUAAAGCCAUGCGUAACAGACAAUAUCGUAUAUAUAACGGACGUUUCAGAGCUCGAGUGUGAGCGUGUUGCUCGACGUGAAUGAAAGGAGAACGUCGAUUAAGUGUCUACUUCUUUUGUCAAUCGAAACUGUUAUAUAUAUUUGUAAGAUAAUAUAUGAAUAAUAAUAAUAAUAAUAAUAAUAUUCCAACGCAAUUCAAGACAUUUCUAAGUAUUGAAGCAGAUUGUGUUGACUUUAAUGUAUUUUUUUUUUCUUGCUUUGGUUUUUGAACAUUGAAGCCAAAUACUGGGGCCCAGUGCUUUCUCUUCUUUUUCUUCUUCUCUUCAAUUUAACACCAGAGAGUGUGUUUUUUUUUGUGUGUGUGCGUGUGUGUGUGCGUGUGUGUGUGGGGGGGAAAGAGCUGUUGUGAUUGUGAGGAGAAGAAGAAAGAGGCUCUACUUCCAUUUCCAGCUGCCAUUAGAGCGUUAAGGUUUCAGACUGUGUGACGGUGUCCUGGAUUCAUACUACAUACUGAGAAGAAGCUGAUACUCUGAGUGUUUAGUAUCAGACAGUAAACAUGAUGUCAGUUUCAUUGUGAGGGGAAUGAAGACUGUUCUUGUAGUUCUUUUUUUAGAAAACUUUGUUACUUUACUCCAGGAACAUUUCUCUGAAAAGUUUAGAGAGACUUUAAAGUUAUUUUAAAGUCUACUUGAGUUUGCACAUUGCAUUUAUUUAAUCAUAAAAACAAUUCAAACUUUUUGUCCCUUUUUGCAUUCUUACUUCAAAAUAAUGUACACCAUGAAUCUUAGUGUAGAAUCGAUAUAAUCCUUGAAUGAUCCUGGAUUUUGAUUUCAAUUGUUUUGGUCUGUAAAAUGACAGAAACUAGAAACAACAGUCGAUCACUGAUCACAUGCAAAAGUCUGCUUUAGUCUAAAUCCUGAAAUCAAUGCAUUUCCUCUGACCGAGGAGCAAAGAAGACUGAACAUGUUCACUUUUAUAAAAGCUGCAAUCAGAGACAUUUGACUUCCUCUUACUCAAUCAAAGAGAACUGAAGGAGUUGUUGAUUGACUCGUGCUCGACAAACGGACGCUCAGCUGCAUACAAGAUUCAAAAUGUUUACUGUCAUGUGCACAGUAGGAAACAUGUUUCCCUGUACAAUGAAAUUCUUUCAAUGAAUGCCAACAAUAACAUAUUCAAAUUAAACAUAGCCAAAUAAAAAAAUAAUAAUAAUAAUAAUAAAAACAAUAAUAAUAUAUACAAAUAUACAAGAAAAUAAGGCAAUUUGAAGGCAGUAGAGUGUAAAUAGAAAAUGUAAACUGUGCAAAAAAAUGAGUGUAAUAUGUGCAAACUGAGCAUCUUCUUUACGGUAUGAAAUCAGGACACCGUCUUUAUCGGGUGAGGGGCUGUACGAUUUUCACAAUAAAAGAACGUGUGUGUGUUUUUCGACGGUGCUGAGAGAAUUAUCACACCGUCUUUUCUUUUUUUUUUUUUUUUGAAGUUGCCGCUGUGGGAAAAGGCGACUUAUCGUUUGAAAUCUUUUGCAGAGCUGAUUUUUUUUUUUUUUUUUUUUUUUGAAAAAGCUGCUUUUACAAAAGAACAGUGGAACGAUUUCUUUACUCGUUGUUCUGUUAUUGUUUUUUAAAAUCUAGCUUAUAGAGCAAAAGGCUGUGAACUGAACUAUACUUCAUGUCAAAGAGAUGUGUUUUGAUGUUGAUCACAAAAGGGGGGGGGCUUGUUAUUUUGAAACCACAGCUUGGACAUGAGGGGACGUCUCUUGUCUUAAAAGGAACAGGCAAUAAUAACUCCGGCUCCUUCUUCUACUGUAGAAAGAUGAAUGUAAAAAAAAAUGGUGUAAAUGUUUUUUUGCCUUUCACGCAGCGUUAUAUACUCUUACAUUGUGGCUCAAACACUUGGUAAAAUAGUUUUUUUUUUUUUACUAUUUGUACGUGUGUUUGCUCACGAUAUAUACCCCGAGUAGAAAUACCAUGCUCACACACUGUGAAACGCAAAUGCAGGUGAUAUCAGAUGACACACACACACACACACACACACACACACACACACAGCUCGUCCUGGGCAAAGAAAGAAACAUAACGCAGACACAAUAACAGAUGAGCCGAGAGUAUCUGUAUGCUUAUUAAGUACUAAUAAAAAUGAAACUAAGGGCAAUAAUUGUUGCUGAA